UCGGUGCCUUCUUUUCUUUCUCUCUUUGUACACGCAACCUCCCCUUUCCUCCCUUCCCUAGGCUGCCGCCGCCACUGCCCCAGCUCCUCCGCCGCCCGGCACCACAGUACGCCGCCUCUAUCCCCGCCCCGAGCUCCGCCGCCUCCACCACCGGCUCCUCGCUGUAGUGCCAGCACCGGCCCGAACACCAGCUUCCUCACCCCUCCCUUUCUUCCCCGAGUACGGCAGCGGAAGGAGGGCCGCGACGCCGCUGCCGAGCACGGUGGGACCACUUUCGUCUGAUCUGUCGAUUUGCCAGACUCAGGUCGACAUCGCGGCCGCUGUCCAAGGUGAGGAAGAGGAGUGCGGCGGCGAGCUCUUCGAGUCCGGGCCCUCGCUGCUCGUCUUCCUGCUCAUCAUCCAGGGCGGCGGCAUGGACCUCUCCUGCUACGGCGAGAGGCUGCUCAGCUCAGCGCGCUUCGCGCGCUCCCUCGACCUCCCCCCUCCCCGGCCCCAACCCCUUCCUGCUCGAGGUUCCAGUUUGAGCUGCUGAUGCGACAGCCGCUGGAUUUGAUAAAAGGGCCUGCAAGCUGCAGAAAUUUGGGAAAAAAAUACAUGAUGAGCCUAUUAAACAUGGUUUCUGUUUCACGUGGAUCCUACUUAGUACAAUAUCCAACAAUUUAGGCAAUCGGACACUGAUUUCAAGCCAUGGUUCAUCAUGUCGCAUAUAUUUGUACCGAAUAUUCACUCAGUUUUUUGUUAAAUAAGCUACCUUUGUAGCUUCCAUCAUUUGGAAGAUAAGUUUUUUUAGUUUAAUAAAUUUAAGUUACUUCUGUCAGUUGUAAUGGAAUAUUCAUGUUUUGGACUUUGGCCAUAAUUUGCAGAAGGAAAUGGAUACUGCUGUCAUUCAGAAGGACUUGGGCCUUCCAGUUGGAGAAGCAAUAUUCGGGAAAACAAUACUUAUCCUGGGGUUCGGAGCCAUUGGCAUGGAAAUUGCCAAGAGACUAAGACCAUUUGGAGUGAAAAUUCUUGCUACAAAAAGAAACUGGUCAUCAAAUACAGUGUCUUGUGAUCUUGAUGGGCUGGUUGACAAGAAAGGUGGUCCAGAAGAUAUGUAUGAACUCGUUCGAGAAGCUGACAUAGUUAUAACUUGCAUGACGUUAAACAAUGAAUCAGUUGGGAUUGUGGAUCACAAGUUCCUGUCAGCUUUGAAAAAGGGAUCAUAUCUCAUCAAUAUUGCCAGAGGGCGCCUACUGGACUAUACGGCUGUGUUUAAUCACCUUGAGUCAGGUCAUUUAGGUGGUUUAGGAAUUGAUGUUGCUUGGACGGAGCCAUUCGAUCCAGAGGAUCCAAUUCUGAAAUUUCCAAAUGUUAUUAUAACACCACAUGUUGCAGGAAUCACAGAGUUGGUUUGCACUUGUUUCUUUGCAAUACACAGAGUUGUUGGUGAUGUUGCCCUCAAGCUUCACGCGGGGGAGCCAUUCACCGAAAUAGAAUUUGUGAACUAGGCAAACUGAGUAGAUGGCGGCAUUGUUGAUUUAAUUUAAGACGUUCCAGUUUGAAGCGGACACCGUCGUCGUCCCUUAGAUUCCCUCCUCCACCGCAGAUCGACUGCAGUUGCGUCGACUCCCGCCGCCGCCGGGGUAUACUCCGCCAAGAUCGCGCCACCACCGCUGCCGCCACUGUUGAGGUUGGAGAUGCAGAGCUUGGUGCAGCAUAUGGAUAAGGCACGCCCAGUUUGACUUGCAUAAACCACUACACAACAUUAUAUGCUAGGAACGACGGGAUGCACGUCAGAAAACUUGUCAUGAAUGAUGCUUCAACGGAUGCUGCAGUCAUCUCAUCUCUCUUACAGGCAUGGAAAGAGAAUAGGAAAAACGAUAUACUUGCAGCUUCAGGCAGCAUUGAGUUUGCUGCACAUAGUUAGUUCCCUAGGGAAUGUUCAGUCUGGUGAAACAUGUUAAGAAGAAGUAUGGAAAUCCGCCUGUGUUCAUUACUAAGAAUGGCAUGAUAGGUUGAAAUAUGUCUUCAAGAUGAUAAGAGGAUACAGUACCACAACGAAUACAUGUUAGAUGCUAUAAGGUGAUUUCAUUUCUCUGUGCAUAUGCUAGAACUGAACCACCAACACUGAGCAUCAUCAAUGUGUGCCACUGUAAUCGCUGACCAGAUUGGUACUUAAGUGCUCGAUAUGCAGCCUGAACUACUGCAGUUAGAAUGGAGUUGUUUUAAAUACUAGACUAUCUACAGGACUGAGCGCUACAGGUGCAGAGGAUAGUUCUUUCGAUUAAUUGUCGUGUUGAGGCAAGUGCACGGCGGACCUUUUCUCCGUAUACUUGACUGUGUUGUUGACGCAGGACUAUGAAAAUAAGUUGAGUAGUCUGACUAGGGGAUGACAGAGGACGUCGAGAUUUUGAUCCAGCAGCCUUGCCCCCUUUCGUCCGGCGUGCCGCCUGCAGGAGGUUACGUUCUAGAUCUUCAGAAUUUUUAGGUACUCACUCUCCCUUGAUGCUCUUUGAUCGAACCUACUUUGCAGGAAAGCGUGCCAGUAGUAAGAAGUUUUAGCAAGUCUGUUAUUGAAAGUGCUGUAGGCACUGAUGUGAUCCGAGGUGACCAACCUGAGCAGCAGUUUAGUGAAGGUGUUUGAUACGGUUCUCCUAAAAAGGGAGAAGUGUCUGAGGAAAUCUACUUGCUCUUUCAAGCUAUGAAUAUUUUAGAUCAGUAUAUUUUAAGGUUGUAAAGACUGAUGUGUCGGCUAAAGCUUAAAGAUCAUAAAUUCAUUGUUUACCCUACCAAGUUUAUUUCUCAUUGAAGAUUAUUCUAGAAACUAUAUUAUAAGCCCAUUGCUACUUUUUACAUGUAACUUAUGGUAUAUCCUCAUAUAUGUCAAGACUAUAAAACAAGUGUCUUCGUCCUGCUCA